UUUGGCUCCAGAUUCCUUCGUUGACUGAGGCUUAGUUCUCACAAUGGUGUCCAGGUCAUCGCCCUUUUCUUUCUUCUGGUCACCAAUCGGCCUUCGGGCACCGCCGGCAGUGGAUCUACCUCGUGCUCGUCGCCGCGCUUCUGCUGGCCUGGGUCGCAACGCCACUGGGCGCCUGGCUCGCAGCCCAGGUGGUCCAGACCAUUCGGAGGGCGCCAACUACACACCUACGCCGAUCGUGGCCGGGCCCAUCUUGUGCACAGGAUCGACCUGGCCAGGAUCGGUGUGGGUGUAUGGUCGACGCCGUCCGAACCUUCCCCCUGCACCACGACGCCGAGCUCGGCGCGAGCGUUGCCGCCCAGUUCCGGUCGCAGGUGCUCCGCAGCGCUCGCGACCAGGACCGCCUGCAGGCCAUGGGGGAGCAGCUGCUGCGGGGCAUGCGCGCGCGGCUUCCAGCCGUGAGCCAGUACCAGUGGCGUUUCCAGUUCCUUGACGACCGAGAGCGUCAAUGCGUUUGCUUGCCCUGGCGGCUUCAUCUUUGUCAACAGCGGCCUCAGGCGCCUUGCCACGGACGAUGAGCUCGCUGCCGUCCUCGGUCACGAGAUCGGCCACGUGUUGCAUCGACAUUCGUUGCAGCGCAUGGUGCAGUCAAGACUCUUGCUCACUGUCCUGGAAGCUUUCUUCCUCGGUGACAGCGACGGCCGGAGCGAAGCCUUCGGCGACGAGUUGGCCGGCGUUCUGAUGCAGGGCGCGCACACAGUUCUGAGUCUGAGCUACUCCCGAGAGAACGAGUAUGAAGCGGAUGCCGUUGCCUGGUGGGCCACCUUGAACGCUGGUUAUCCUCCGGAGGCCACCGCAAGCUUCUUCAAGAAACUGGACAGUAGUGACACCGCCACCAGUUGGCUUUCCACGCACCCCGCCACCAAGGACCGCAUCGUGUCCCUUGAUGCCAAGAGCCGCGAGCUGGCGGAGCUGCGGCGCGCGCGGGGAAGCGCGGACGUGGCCUCGCACUUCGCCCCUGCGCUGGCCGACGACACCGCCGUGGGAGGCCUCUUCGGUUCUAUGCUUAACGCGAUACCCCCAGAGCUGCAGAAGCAGGGCCUGGCAGCUGCGAUCGCUGGACUUGCGACGCUGGUGGAGUCCGUGUUGAACGAGCUAUUCAAGGAGCCUGGCGACGCGGCCAGCUCGGCUCCGCCGCGCUCAGGUCCGACGGUCGAUUGCGAGGACGGUGAGUCGAAGAUUUCCUUCGAGCCCGUGAGGCCCGGCCGCUACGUGGCCCUGGGCCACGGCAAGUGCUUGACAUCGAGGACUUGCGCGGCAUGCAGCGGGCCGGCCGCCUCGACCUCAACCCCUACACGCGGCAGCCUUUCAGCCACGAGCAGCGGCGCCGCAUCGACGCGCUCUUGAGAUGACCCACCAGACCUGGAUCGGAGACUUAGCUGAGCCUACUCAUCCUCCUCCACCGACUCCUCC